CUGGGCUACUGAGCUGAGAGCUUGUCUGAGGCUGGAGCUCUACUGUCUGAAUCCAGGGGCAGAAAUAACUGAGGGCUCUUUUAUGGCAUCCACCUGGAGGCUGCCUGCAGGCUUGGGUUGCUAAGUGCAUUGCUUAAUUUAGAAGCGCCUUUUAUCCUGGCUGUCUUGACCACUCAAAGUUGUGGUCACUGUUUUCAACAAGGACCGGGAAAGAAAGGGUGGAAUUAAUUAAACCUAGAGGAAGAGACUUUGAAGGGCGGAGCUAAGGUCAAAGAACGAACCCUUUAAAUAAAGGGCCCACACUGGCUGCCAGGGAGUGCGCAGGACCGGCAAGAGGGAAGCUGGGCUGCUCCGCCUUUCACGCCUUCCACCUCCUGCGUGUCCAUCUGUGAGAAGGAGCCAGAGCCCAAGGGAGAUGAUGGAGCCUGAGGAGUACAGAGAGAGAGGGAGAGAGAUGGUGGAUUACAUCUGCCAGUACCUGAGCACUGUGCGGGAGAGGCGUGUGACGCCAGACGUGCAGCCCGGCUACCUGCGAGCCCAGCUGCCUGAGAGUGCUCCUGAGGACCCCGACAGCUGGGACAACAUCUUUGGGGACAUUGAACGAAUCAUCAUGCCUGGGGCAUCCAGCCCUGCGUGUACAGAGCUAGAGAUGAACGUCAUGGACUGGCUGGCAAAAAUGCUGGGACUUCCAGAGCACUUCUUGCACUACCACCCCAGCAGCCAGGGCGGAGGCGUCCUGCAGAGCACGGUCAGUGAAUCCACUUUGAUUGCCCUGCUGGCAGCAAGGAAGAACAAAAUCCUGGAAAUGAAAAUGUCUGAGCCCGAUGCUGAUGAGUCCUGCUUGAAUGCCCGACUCGUGGCCUAUGCCUCUGACCAGGCUCACUCCUCCGUGGAGAAGGCUGGUUUGAUAUCCCUUGUGAAGAUGAAAUUUCUGCCUGUGGAUGACAAUUUCUCACUCCGAGGGGAAGCUCUUCAGAAGGCCAUCGAGGAAGACAAGCAGCGGGGCUUGGUGCCUGUCUUUGUCUGUGCAACACUAGGGACCACUGGGGUCUGUGCGUUUGACUGUCUGUCAGAGCUGGGCCCCAUCUGUGCCUGUGAGGGGCUGUGGCUCCACAUCGAUGCUGCUUAUGCAGGCACCGCCUUCCUGUGCCCCGAGUUCCGGGGGUUUCUGAAGGGGAUUGAGUAUGCCGACUCCUUCACCUUUAAUCCUUCCAAGUGGAUGAUGGUGCAUUUUGACUGUACUGGGUUCUGGGUCAAGGACAAGUACAAGCUUCAGCAGACCUUCAGUGUGAAUCCCAUCUACCUCAGGCAUGCCAACUCAGGCGUGGCCACCGACUUCAUGCACUGGCAGAUCCCCCUGAGCCGACGGUUUCGGUCUAUUAAGCUCUGGUUCGUCAUUCGGUCCUUCGGGGUGAAGAAUCUUCAAGCACAUGUCAGACAUGGUACUGAAAUGGCUAAAUAUUUUGAAUCUCUGGUCAGAAAUGACCCUUCCUUUGAAAUUCCUGCCAAGAGGCACCUUGGCCUGGUGGUUUUUCGUCUAAAGGGUCCUAAUUGUCUCACAGAAAAUGUGUUAAAGGAAAUAGCUAAAGCUGGCCAUCUCUUCCUCAUCCCAGCCACUAUCCAGGACAAGUUAAUCAUCCGUUUCACUGUGACAUCCCAGUUUACCACUAGGGAUGACAUCCUGAGAGACUGGAAUCUCAUUCGAGAUGCUGCCACUCUCAUCCUGAGUCAGCACUGUACUUCCCAACCCAGCCCUCGGGUUGGGAACCUCAUCCCCCAAAUCAGGGGCGCCAGAGCCUGGGCUGGUGGAACGUCCCUUCAGUCUGUCAGUGGGGCAGGAGAUGAUCCAGUCCAGGCCAGGAAGAUCAUCAAGCAGCCUCAGUGUGUGGGAGCCGGUCCCAUGAGAAGGGAAAACGGCCGCCAUGAUGAAAGCCUGCCGGACCCAGUUGAUGAUUGCUUUUCAGAAGAGGCCCCGGAUGCCACCAAGCACAAGCUGUCCUCCUUCCUGUUCAGUUACUUGUCUGUGCAGACUAAGAAGAAGACAGUGCGCUCCCUCAGCUGCAACAGCGUGCCAGUGAGUGCUCAAAAGCCACUGCCUACAGAGGCCUCUGUGAAGAAUGGGGGCUCCUCCAGGGUCAGAAUCUUUUCCAGGUUUCCAGAAGAGAUGAUGAUGCUGAAGAAAAGUGCCUUCAAAAAACUCAUCAAGUUCUACAGCGUCCCCAGCUUUCCUGAAUGCAGCUCUCAGUGUGGGCUCCAGCUGCCCUGCUGCCCUCUGCAGGCCAUGGUUUAGACCCAGGGUCUUCAGCCAGAGUCUGAGGAUAUUCUUCAGGGACUCUGUGAACCCCUCACAGUUGUAUGCCAACUUUGUGUGCUUAUGUGUACAUGCAUUUUUCUUGGGGGCGAGUUCAUAAUUUUAAUCACAUUCUCAUAGGGGUUCAUGCCCCACGAUGGGAUACAAACGAAGAGUUGAAGCCAGGAUGAUCCAGAUGGGCUCAGCAGGCUGGUCAGAGAGAAAGGGCUGAGGGUAGACAGGCAGCUUCUGUGGCUCAGCUUGUGACAUGAAAUAUAACCUAGAAAUAAAUUAUGUUUGUCCCUGAAACAAAA